AUGAACGCGACGUGGGGACUUAUCAAAAGAGCAGGAAGAGCAACGCUAAGUAAGAGGCUCCACCUGUAUAACUCACUGGCAAAUUCAGGAGCACUCUAUGGUGUUGAAGUGUGGGGUUGGCCCUUCAAUGAGGACUACAAUAGGUUGUAUGCAAGAGCACACAAAAUGGCGCUUGGUGUAGCCAAAAAUACACCAGAGUAUAUCUGGAGAUUGGAAGCUGGGGUAGAGAGCAGCCUGUUCAUGACAAGAAAGAGAGCCAGCAGAUACUUAGUGGACAUUCUGAGGAUGGAGGAUAGCAGGUGGCCUAAGCUAUGUCUUAGAGAAGAAGUAAGAAAUAUAAUGAAUGGUAAACCGUCCAAGUGGGGUAAAGCAGUAGUACAAACGCUAGAGUUGAUGGAAUGUGAGGACGUACUGGAGCUCAUCUGGAGAAAACAUGACCCAGACGAGGUGCAGCAAAGGCUAGACGAAGGUUUUGAAGUACUACGAGUUCUAGAAGAGAAGAAGACCAGAGAAAUGGUGUUUAAAUCAACUUACUGCCCACUCUACAAGUUCAUAAAGACCACAGAAAACUGCGAGGACUACUGGAAGGAUAAAACUGGUGAAAGCUGGACGAAAGAAGUGUGGGCCAGACUAAGAUGUGGCAGUGUUGAACGUUGCUUCAAGAAAGGAUUCAAAGACUGGACCUGUCGUAUCUGUAAUAGUCAGCAGGAAACACUUGCUCAUCUGUUAACGUGCAGAGAAGCCAGAAACUUAUGCAGUGAAAAAACAGUGCAAGUAAUCCAGUCUUUGACAGAAAAUAAAUAUGAGGCAGAUCUGGAUUUCUUAGUCAAAGAACUUUUGAGAGGUCCUCCAGUACGAGAAGUAUGCAGUCUGAUCGCAGCAAUCGAGAGAGCCGGAAAAAGAGAUGAGUAA